AUGGCCGAACAUAGCUUCUAUGCGGUGGGACAUGGCAAGAAACCAGGCGUAUAUGAAAAGUGGGCGGAUGUGCAGGAACAGAUAAGGGAUUUUCCUCAACCAGUUUAUAAAAAAUUUGCUACAAAAGAGGAAGCUGAGGAAUAUGUGAAAGUCCGACGACCGGAAAGAAUUUCAUUGGAUGUGGAUGAGGAAGCGGAUAAAUUUUAUGCAGUUGCUCGAGGAAAAGUUGUAGGAAUAUUUACAGAUUACAAUGAAGUUAAGAAUCAUAUAACCGAUUAUCCUCAGCCAUUGUACAAGAAAUUCGAGAAAUUGGAGGAAGCAAAAGCUUAUUAUAUGAAAUAUUCGAGUGGAGAAGAGGAUGGUAAUCCAAAAGAAUCAAAAACUCAUAAUACAGCAACGGAUAACAAUGAGGAAGAAGUAAAAGAGACGGAAAAUAUGGAAGAGAAGAAAGAGCAAACUAACAAAGGACCAUCAUUCUACGCUGUUGCACAUGGCCAUAAAACCGGUGUAUUCAAAACAUGGGAAGAAUGUUUGGAAGCAACGAAGGAUUUCAAAGGUGCCAAAUUUAAGAAGUUCGACAAUGAGGAAGAUGCGAAAUUGUUUGUUGAAGGAAGAAACAUUAAGGAAGCAGAAGGUCGUAAGAGGGCUCAUAGUCCAAAUGACGUAGAAGAUGAUGUCGAAGAGAAAUCAGCAAAAAAGGGCUAA